CGCCAGCGUGGACGCAGCGAAGUUUUACCAACAAUGGAACACAUGAACCACGGCAUGGCGCAUGGCAUGGACGGCACGGAGCGGCACCACCACGACGUCGAUGACGUCGACGCGUGCGGGGCAUCACACCACCACGCCAUGGUGUUCCACACCGGCGUCUGCCAAGAGAUCCUCUUCAAUGGCUGGUUGACGACCAACGCACUUGAGCUCUUCGGCUCAGCCGUCGCCAUCUUUCUCGCCGGCAUCCUGUACGAAGGGCUAAAGUACUACAGAGAAGCGCUCCACGCCAGGGCCACCACAGCUACGGCGGAUUCAAGAGUCAAUAUCACCAAGAACGAGUGCGGGCAGAAUGGAAACUGCAGCGGCACUGCUAUUGUUAAAUACUCGAUGCUCUCGAGCGGGCACAUAGUCCAGACUCUGCUGCACGUGAUCCAGUCCACCGCCUCCUACAUCCUCAUGCUGGUCUUCAUGACCUACAACGUGUGGCUCUGCAUAGCUCUGGUGCUGGGCCUGGCGGUAGGCUACUUCUUCUUCGGCUGGAGGAAGAACACCGUCGUUGACGUCACGGAACAUUGUCAAUGAUGACCUGGGAAAAUUGUGCUAUUUUUUCUAUAUUUAUGACGAAUUUAUUGUGAUGCAAUUUCGGAGUAUCAAUUUUAUGAUAAUUACUUGGAAUAUUUUCUAUAAAAAUUUGGUAGCUGUUGAUAUACAUAUAUUAAACAAGACAAAAUUGGCAUUGAAUUGGUUGGAUUCGGAGUAGAUUCUUGCUUAGAUUAUUUUCUGUAUUCUGAAGUAAUUUAUUGUCUAUACGAUUUCAUAUUGUGCCAAAUAAAAUUAUUUUUCAUCUCUGUAUUUGAAAAUUACAAAUAUCAACCGUUAUUACAAUGGAAUGCAAAAUGUUAAUAACACGAAAUUUUAUAUUUUGUACAUUUGGCAAAUGUAUAAAUGUUGUCUACUAAGUAAAGUUGUAUUUGAACAAAAUUGUUGACUUAGUCUGGUGUCUGCACACACAUUCCAAGCGCAAAACGUUAAUUCUUUGUUAUGUUUCGUUUUUUAAUAAUUUUAUUUGUCUAUUGUUUCACUCGGGCAAUUUCUUACUAUUUAUUUAAGUAUCAAUAUUAGAAUAUAUUAUAUAUUAUAUCAAAAAAAUUAGACUCACCAAAAGUAUUCUCUUUCUUCUUCAAAUAGGUAUUAAUUUAGAAUAUUGUAAGUUUAAUUAAGCUUAAAUAAUUACAUUUUAAAUGUGUGACGUAUUAUAGAACUUAAAUAAUCAAAUAUUAUGUGCAUGAUAUGGGUAUGUAUGUUAAUCUACAUACCUAAGUAUUAAAUAAGUAUUUACUCAUCUUGCCAAUUUGUACAGUAGUUUUUUAUUAAUUACAUUUUUUUCGCAAAACCUUAUCUCAUCACUCUCUAGAUUGGAAGUCUAGAUAAUACUCUGUUUUUUUUUAAUGGUCCGGAUAAAGAAAAAUUAGUCCUUUGUUGUAAAAAAAUAUACAGUUAUGUAGGACAAAAUAGGUAUCAAAUUGUUUUUGUUAUGAUGAGUUUUGUCGAUUUAUAAACAAGUAAACAAGUAUGCAAGUAAUUUUAAUCAUAUCUGUUAAAUGUGAUAUCGAGUCAAGGUGCUUAUACACGAAUAAUGAAUGUUCAAAUUGCUCAAAAAAGCUAACAAUUUGUAAUUUUUUAAACUAGGUUUAAAGUAAUAUAUACAAUGCAAGUUUAAGUAUUUGCUAGCUCAAAUAGUCCUCCUUUUAUGACAAUUAAAUUAAUAAAAAAAUACAAUAGAAAAAAAAUUGUGAACAAUUUUAUUUAAAAAAGAAAGUAUACAUACCUAUACAUAUAUUUGUAAAAAAAAUUACUUAAUUUAGAAAAUAAAUGUAAAAUAGAUAUUUUUGCAAUCCUUUUAAUUUGCAGAUUGUGAGUGCCUAGUAAGAAUGUACUACCUAUUAUAAUGAUGAGGAUAAAUUGGUUUUAAAUACAAUUUUGAUUUUUUCCAGCACAUGACUUAAAUGAAAAUUAUGUGACUGUGAAAAUUACUUUUAUAACUGUAGAUACGAGGAUUCAUAAAUUGUAAAUAUUUUCUCAAUUUAUUCAAUACAUUCCUGUUAUGAUAUUAAA